AUGUUUUCCCGCUUGGUGCCAGCCUUCAGUGCUUGCGCUCCACCCUGCCCCUGCAGACGCAGACAUGCAGAUCUUCGUGAAGACCCUGACGGGCAAGACCAUCACCCUCGAGGUCGAGCCCAGCGACACCAUCGAGAAUGUCAAAGCCAAAAUCCAGGACAAGGAGGGCAUCCCACCUGACCAGCAGCGGCUGAUAUUUGCUGGCAAGCAGCUGGAAGAUGGCCGCACCCUCUCAGACUACAACAUCCAGAAAGAGUCCACCCUGCACUUGGUGCUUCGCCUUCGAGGUGGCAUCAUCGAGCCCUCCCUGCGACAGCUCGCGCAGAAGUACAACUGCGACAAGAUGAUCUGCCGCAAGUGCUAUGCUCGCCUGCACCCCCGUGCCGUCAACUGCCGCAAGAAGAAGUGCGGCCACACCAACAACCUCCGCCCCAAGAAGAAGGUCAAGUAAAGCUGGCCACCGCCGCCGAGGGCCAGGGCCGUCUCUGCCAGCCCCAUGCCCAGGGCCUAAAUAAAGUUUCCCUUAUGUAGACUGGAGCAUAA